AUGAAGACAACGAACGAAGAAGUAAAUGUUAUACAAGAUCAAGUACAAAAAAAUUACAAAGUGUUAAAUGAAAAGUUUGGGGAUGGAGUUACCAAUUCUAGAAAGACUGCUGUCUGGAGCAGGAUUUCUAUCUUGGUCAGUGCUCUGGGUGUUGCCAACAGGUCUACCAAAGACUGUAAAGACAAGUGGGCUAACACCAAGAAGGAGGCUAAAAAGGUGUUUGGCCAACUGAACAAAGAGCAGAGGGCUACUGGUGGUGGUCCACAGCCAAAAAGAUUGAGUCUGGCCAUAGAAAGGACAAUAGACCUUUGCAAAGACUCGGCUUCUUUCAAAGGUCUUGAAGGAGUUGAAAGUGUACUUGUUGACAACUCAGCUGCAUUGCCAGAGGAGAGUGCAACAAAUUCCCAGGACCUGUUUGAUACCCCUCCAAGCCAUCCACUGUCCCUAUCUGGAUCUGAUUCCAUUCAUCAGCCAGUACCAAUUCUACCAGCUGUAAAUAUCCAGGUGCCAUGCCCAGCAGCUGCAGUAGUUGAGUUGGGGACUCUAACAACACAGAAAGCAGUAAAUCCAAAGAAGAGGAAAGCAACUGCUGAUGAUGUUUAUGAGCUACAGAUACUGUAUUUGAAGGGAGAAAUGGCAAAGCAGAGUAAAGAGAUGAGGAAAUUAGAUCUUCAGAUAGAGUUGCUGGAAGAAAUGAAACGAGACAAAGAGAAUACUCCACUAACAUUUUCUCAACUUUUAAUGAAUUAAAUUAUUUAUUUUUCUUAUCAAUCAACAAUUAUUUUCCCAAAAAAAUGCAUGUGUACGGUACCAAGUCACAAAUGAUGUUUAGGACUCAAUUUCUUCGUUCAAUAAUAUUUUGCUUUUUUUUU